CACUAUAUUCCCAAGAUGCAAGGAAAGUUGAAAAGUAGAAGAAAAAAUAUAUUAAAUCAGUGUAAACUAAGAGAGUCACAGUGUACACUCUGUGGGGAGCCUGAAGAUUUGGAUUCUCUAACAGGGCAUGCAUUUCCAGAAGAAGAGGGUGGCGAUCUGCUCAAGUCGAGCUUCAGUUUUCCAGGGACGCCAGAGGAGGAGCUAGACCAGCAGUACUCAUGGUCGCCUUCUCAGCACUUCAAUGAAGAAAGAUAUUCUCCUGCUCCGAGGAAUAUGAAAGGAUUAUCUGGUAGUCGCAAUCAACCACAGUUAUGUUCAGCUCAUACUUGUGGCUUAGCAUCCCCUGAAGAUUGUGAACAUACCCACGACCAUAUCCACCAUGGGCAGGAGCCAAGGCCGUCAUAUCUUCUCAGCCCCACGGAGAGUUGCCCGCUGGACCACCACCGUUGCUCCCCCCGCAGCUCCAUCCAUUCUGAGUGCAUGAUGAUGCCCAUGGUAAUGGGCGAUCACAUGUCAAGUAGCACUUUCCCCAGAAUGCACUACAGCUCACAUUACGACUCCAGAGACGACUGCGCCAUGUCUCACGGUAACCCCAAGAUUAACCGUAUUCCUGCGAAUCUUUUGGACCAAUUUGAGAAACAGCUUCCUCUUCACCGGGAUGGGUUUCAUACUUUACAGUACCAGCGGACCUCAACAGCUGCGGAACAACGCAGUGAGAGCCCGGGAAGGAUUCGCCAUCUCGUUCAUUCCGUCCAGAAACUUUUUACUAAAUCUCAUUCCCUGGAAGGAUCAUCCAAGGGCAAUGUUAAUGGAACAAAGGGAGACAGUCGAGGGGACGAUCAUCAUCACGGGCACCAUUCCAAGCAUAGCAAAAGGAGUAAAAGUAAGGAGCGAAAACCAGAAGGCAAGCAUAAAUCUGGAAUGAGUAGCUGGUGGAGCUCUGAUGAUAAUUUGGACAGCGAUAGCACUUACCGAACCCCUAGUGUGGUAAAUAGGCACCAUGCAGAUCAUAUAUCCCAUUGCUAUCCUGAGGCACUCCAGGGGCAUUUUGGGGAUCUCUCAUUGAAGACUUCCAAAAGUAACAAUGAUGUGAAGUGUUCGGCUUGUGAAGGGCUACCAAUGACCCCUGAUAGUAAAUAUAUGAAAAGGAGUUCUUGGUCCACGCUUACAGUAAGUCAGGCUAAGGAAGCUUAUCGCAAAUCAUCACUGAACUUAGAUAAGCCUCUGGUUCAUCAGGAAAUCAAACCUUCUUUGAGGCCGUGCCAUUACCUUCAGGUACCUCAGGAUGAAUGGGGAGGAUACCCAGCUGGUGGGAAAGAUGAAGAGAUCCCAUGUAGAAGAAUGAGAAGCGGGAGCUAUAUUAAGGCCAUGGGAGAUGAAGAAAGUGGAGAUUCUGAUACUAGCCCCAAGACAUCGCCAAAAUUAUCCGUUCGACCAGAGUCAUUAUUAAAAUCCAUUGGGCAAAGACCACUGGGAGAUCAUCAAAAUCAGAGCUACCUUCAAACUGCAAGUGACGUGCCUGGGGGUCACAACCUGGAUCCCUCUGCAAACUACAAUUCCCCAAAGUUUCGCUCAAGGAAUCAGAGCUAUAUGAGAGCAGUGAGCACGCUCAGUCAGGCCAGCUGUGUUAGUCAGAUGAGUGAAGCAGAGGUUAAUGGGCAAUUUGAAUCGGUGUGUGAAUCAGUGUUUAGUGAAGUUGAAGCUCAGGCAAUGGAUGCCCUUGACCUCCCUGGAUGUUUCCGAACAAGAAGCCACAGUUACUUGCGUGCCAUUCAGGCAGGCUAUUCGCAAGAUGAUGAAUGUAUACCUGCGCUGACAUCCUCCAACAUCACCUCUACCAUCAGGUCAACCACAGCUGUAACUUAUACAAGUUACAAGAAAACACCACCACCAGUACCCCCUCGCACCACUUCCAAGCCACUGAUCUCCGUCACGGCACAGAGCAGCACAGAAUCCACCCAGGAUGCGUAUCAUGACAGCCGGACUCAGAGGAUAUCCCCGUGGCCGCAGGACGGGCGAGGGAUGUACAACUCCACCGACAGCUUGGACAGCAACAAGGCCAUGAACCUCGCCCUGGAGACAGCGGCUGCCCAGCGCCACGCGGCCGAGAGCCAGAGCACCGCCAUACGGACCAGUGACAAGGCCAUCCUGGUGACAAAAGCAGAGGAGUUCCUCAAGAGUCGCCGUUCCUCUAUAGGCAUCCAGGUGGAAACAGCAACUGAUUCAGAUACUGAAAGCAGAGGCCUACGGGAAUACCACUCUGUUGGAAUUCAAGUGGAAGAUGAAAAACGACAUGGACGAUUCAAGCGCUCGAACAGUGUAACAGCAGCUGUCCAGGCUGACCUGGAACUGGAGGGUUUUCCAGGACACAUCACCAUGGAGGAUAAGGGACUUCAAUUUGGCUCGUCAUUCCAGCAGCACUCAGAGCCCAGCACACCCACCCAAUACAGUGCAGUGAGAACUGUACGGACACAGGGACUGUUCAGUUACAGAGAAGAUUACAGGACCCCAGUUGACACCUCAAACCUUCCACCACCAGAGCCCUGGCUGGAGCCAGCCAUUGAGACAGUAGAGACUGGUCGAAUGUCUCCUUGUCGACGGGAUGGAUCUUGGUUUAUGAAGUUACUACACACUGAAACUAAGAGAAUGGAAGGAUGGUGCAAAGAAAUGGAAAGAGAAGCAGAAGAAAAUGAUCUUUCGGAAGAAAUCCUAGGUAAGAUCCGAAGUGCUGUUGGAAGUGCUCAGCUCCUCAUGUCUCAGAAAUUCCAGCAAUUUUAUUGGCUUUGUCAGCAAAAUCUGGACCCGAGUGCCAUGCCAAGACCAACUUCCCAGGACCUUGCAGGUUUCUGGGACUUAUUGCAGCUCUCAAUUGAAGAUGUCAGCAUGAAGUUUGAUGAACUGCACCAGUUGAAACUCAAUGAAUGGAAAAUAAUAGAAUCACCUGAAAGGAAGCCAACGGGUUGGUGGAUGGAAGAAAGAAAGAUUCCUCCUCCUGUACCAAAGAAGCCCCCUAAAGGAAAAUUCCCUAUCACAAGAGAAAAAUCUCUGGACCUACCUGACAGACAACGGCAAGAAGCUAGGAGACGGCUGAUGGCUGCCAAGCGAGCAGCCUCUUUCCGGCAGAAUUCAGCCACAGAGCGUGCAGACAGCAUUGAGAUCUAUAUCCCAGAGGCUCAAACCCGGCUUUAAAGACAGAAUGCUGCAGAGUUCCUUUUUUUAAACAAAAUGCUUGUACAGUUUGUCACUUACCUGGUAAUUUUUGUCUCAUUCUCUCCACUAAAUAUGCCCUUGAUGUUGUGUUCUUUGUGCCAUAAGCACAGUGGAAUGCUUUUGAUUUCCUCAGAAUUUGCUGAGCUCACCGCAAGAACGACUUCUUUUUGUAUUUAUUGUCUGACUUACAAUCAGCUACAAUGGAUAGGGCUUGUCAAGACCUGACUUAUCCGAUAUAUUCUCAGAGGACAACAAGAAACACCUCUUGAGAUGGAACCCAGCUUACUUUUUGUUAUUUAUAUUUUUAUAAAAUGUGUGAUAAUUAGGGAUAAGAAUAACAAACUAUAAAUGGGUGCAUCUCACCAUUCACUAGAGGCAUUAGCUAAUCCAAGUAGAAGGUGCUACAAAUGUAAAGAGCAGGAAAGAAAGAACCCAUUUAUCUCCUUGACCUUCAGUUUCUUUUCCUAGAAUCCAGCUAACACAUUUACCCAUGUGCUCUGCCACUCUUCUCAUCUUUGUUACUGCAAAAUAACAUUAGGCCUCUCAUCUCAUUCGAGUUUCUGGAGAUGAACAGGGAUAUCCAGCCACUAAAACUCCAAAGUUCAUCAGAAACCAAGAAGCAUACAAGUCUGGUGAUGGUGGGAAUGUCCACUAAGAAACGUUUCCUGUUAGCAGUAUAACGACACACUGAAACCUAAGCAAAAUUGUAAUGCAAGAGGACUUGAGUGAUGGGUGAAAGGAAAAUGGAAGCCUUAAAAAGUUAGAUCUUCUGUAGUAAGAUGAGUAAAGAAAAAGUUAUACUUGCUCCUUUGGACCACUCAUUGCAUUUUUAACUGUUCUUUUACAUGUUAAUAUUUAUUUUAUAAACCUUAUCUCUUUCAUUUCAAGAGCUGUGCUACAUGUACUAUUUCAAACUCUCAAAUUGUUAUAACAAUUGAGUUUCCAGGGUAUCCUUGAGAACAAAAAAAUCUUGCUUGUUUAAAAUGCCAGUUGUGAUGUUGUAAACAGUUUAAGAAAUAUGAAUGUGAGUGGUAAGUAUAUAUAAGUUUAAAUGGUUAUGUUAAGGUAAAGGUGAACUGUGGUUUACAAUUGUAUUUUUUUUUAGAACUAUUUUUCUAUGCAGUAUCGUUUAUGGCAAGAAUAAGGUUCUUGCUUGCUUCAGACAUAGGAAAAAAAAAUCCUGACUCAAGAGAUAAGUGAUUCCCAGCCAUGGAAUAUAAGGAAAAUAAUAUAUUUUCAAGCCUCAUAUUGUCAGAAGAGAGAAGUGGUAGCUACCACAGUCAAGAGGCUUUCAUUUAAACCAAAUUAGGACAGAAUUAUUCCACUUCACCUACCUUCCAGAGCCAACCAAGCAAUCCAGCACUUAGAAGUCUUCAGGUGAAGACGCAAUAAAAUGAGCAACAUGCAGCCCCCAAUGCCAAGGUUUGAAUCUCAUUGAACACAAGUUUAGAUGAAAAGAAUGAGAACCCAGUGAGACAGACAGCCCCAGCUACCACAUUCCCUGUUUACCUGCUUUAACAAAUGCAAUGUAUUUAGCCAUAGGCAGAACAAUUCUUUAAUUGAACUCAAGCACUUUGGUUCUUCACCUGUUGAGCACUUUAAAUCCAAAUCCCACACACCCUGCAGCCUGAUGGAUGAGUGAAAACGUGAAGUACCAUAGGUUUUGCAGAUCUGACAUUGCUUCAAAUCUGUUUUCUUUUGUUUGGUUGCUUGGUUUUUUCCUUCUUUUUUCCUACAGUGUGUGGUAUUAAGCAUGAGUUCUGUCUUUGGACAACUGAUAAAGCAUGCUUGGCUUCAAAGUACGAAUCUUUAGAGAUGAAGUUUUGAGAAGUUCCUGUGAGAAGACACCCCUGUAAAUUGAGCCUGGUAUCUGGUAUAUACUUUACCAAUAGCCUUAAACUAUAUUUGAAGCAAAAACCAAGACGAAUGUAUAUCCUUUGAGAAUGCAAAAAAAAAA